AUGGGUGCAGCACUCUCCCUCGUCUCACAAUCCCUACCUCCCAAAUCCAAGUUCAGCGUUGAGGAUAUACCUGAUCUGACGGGGAAGGUUGUUAUUGUUACUGGUGCUAAUUCCGGUGUUGGGAAGGAGACUGCGAAGGCUCUCUUAUCGCGUAACGCCAAAGUCUACCUCGCAGGCCGGAGUCAAGAAAAGGUCGAACGCGCCAUUCAAGAGUUGAAGCAAGAAACUGGCAAGGAGGGCAUUUUCCUCCAUUUGGAUCUGGGUGAUUUGAAGUCUGUGAAGAAGGCUGCGGAGGAGUUUAUUUCGAAAGAGAAGGAACUGCAUAUUUUGUUUAACAACGCUGGCGUUAUGACUCCCCCUAUUGAUAUGGUCACGACUCAAGGAUAUGACCUUCAGUUUGGAACGAACGUUCUAGGCCACUUCUACUUAACAAAACUCCUCUAUUCCACCCUCCUUUCCACCGUCAAGUCGUCACCGGAUUGGAAACCCCGCGUCGUCCAUACGGCGUCCGUUGCGUCUCUAUUUGGAGAGUUGAACUUUAAUACGUUCAAGGAUGGACCUGCCAGGAGGAAGUCGUUUUCGGUUAUUCUGUAUGCGCAGAGUAAACUUGGAAACGUCAUCAUCGCCAACGAGUUUGCGAAGCGGUAUGGAGAUCAGGGUGUUAUUUCCUGCUCUUGUAACCCCGGGAACCUCAAGACGGAGUUGACGAGAUACACGCCAUCCAUCGCUACUGCUUUAAUGAAUGCGUUCGUGCUGUAUCCAGCGCCUUAUGGUGCUCUAACGCAGCUGUGGGCUGGAACGUCUGAGGAGGGGUUGAAGAUGAACGGGAAGUAUCUUGUUCCGUGGGCGAGAUACGGUACACCUAACCCCUUGGCGCUCGAUGAGAAACUUGGAGAGGAUUUGUGGAAUUGGCUUGAAGAGCAGGUACAGGACGUGUAA